UCAUCCGACGCGGAGGGAGAAGUGCGGGUUCGAGCUUUGGGGCGGAGAAGCGAGAGAAAAGAGAAGGGAAGAGAGGAGCGGGAACAGCGCGGUUGACCCUCGGUUCGACGAUGUAGCUAUACGCGGAGACUCAGGGGGAAAGGACUUGUUGCGUCGGAGGAAAGAGGUGAAGAAAGGGGUUGGUGGAACUCUUUGUCGGGAGGUAUGGGCAUGCGCAGUCGCCGCGGUACUACUUGGUGCCGUUGGUUUGUGUGGAGCGAGGUGGGCGCCAUUUUAAUCUGGUGUCGGGAAGGGGCGGACAAGAGUUGUGGAGAUUCCUUCCAAUCAUAUACACAGCGCCUUUUUAGAAAAAAAACACACACAACUCGCAUUUUAUUCGGCAUCGAUCUUUCUGUGGCGUGUGCUGUGUCUGUGUGUCCCCUGGCAGGUUGAGCGCCUCCGUUGUGCUUUAAAAAAAAUCGCGCCAAUCCACUUCCUUCGUCGUCCUCCGACGUUUGCGAUUUUUUUAUCCUAAAAUAACCACUCCGUUUGUCUACGUUUAUUUUGGUUUAAAUUUCUCCCUCUCUCGAAUCAAACGGUUUUUGAUUUUUUUCAUCCCCACCGUGACCGUCUUUGAGUCUCGCCAACCGUCGGGCUGGAGGGUAACGGGAUGCAGAAUCACAGCGGCGUGAUCCGGGGCCCGGCGGGCAACAACGACUGUCGGAUCUACGUGGGCAAUCUACCGCCCGACAUCCGCACCAAGGACAUCGAGGACGUCUUCUACAAGUAUGGCAGCAUCAGGGACAUCGACCUGAAGAACCGCCGCGGCGGCCCGCCGUUUGCCUUCGUGGAAUUCGAAGACCCGAGGGAUGCCGAGGAUGCUGUAUACGGUCGAGAUGGUUACGAUUACGAUGGUUACCGCUUGCGUGUUGAAUUUCCACGGAGUGGUCGAGGGACUGGAAGAGGGGGUGGCGGUGGUGGAGGCGGUGGGCAGACACCUCGAGGAAGGUACGGCCCCCCGUCGAGGCGCUCUGAAUACAGAGUGGUAGUUUCAGGGCUUCCUCCAAGUGGUAGCUGGCAGGAUUUGAAAGAUCACAUGCGGGAAGCAGGUGAUGUAUGUUACGCUGAUGUUUUCCGUGAUGGAACUGGUGUCGUGGAAUUUGUUCGCAAAGAAGAUAUGACCUAUGCAGUGCGAAAACUGGAUAACACAAAAUUUCGAUCUCACGAGGGAGAAACAGCAUAUAUUCGUGUGAAAGUUGAUGGUCCAAGAAGUCCAAGCUAUGGAAGAUCUCGUUCGCGUAGCCGCAGUCGAACCAGAAGCCGUAGCCGAAGUCGCAGCAGAAGCCGUAGUUACUCUCCCAGACGAAGCAGAGGAUCUCCCCGCUACUCGCCCCGUCAUAGCAGAUCACGCUCGCGUAGCUAGAUUGUAAAUCCAUUGAUGGAAUUCCUUGUAGUGCACCACCGCUUUUUCCCUAAAUAGAACGGAUUCUUUAUUUUUAAAUCCACGUUAACUUGUUUUAUUCAAGUUUAGAACACAAUUUAAAUUGAUAUCCAUAUAAAAAUGGUUGCUUCUCUUCAUUGUUAACAUUCCCUCAUGUCAUUACUGAAGUCUGAUAAUUGUAUAGACAGAGUAGGUUUGGAGCCUGGGAAGCUUUCAAAAUGGUGUCAACAUGACUUGAAAUAACAGUAAACUUGCGGUAAUUUGUUAAUGUUUAUAGUUGAUUUCCUUUCAAUUGAAUAAAUCCUAAUGUGAGAAUUGUAGGAGACUAUGUAGAUAGGACUGUUGUGAAACAUUUUUGUGAAAACCUUGUGUUGUACCUUAUCUUACCUUUUCAUGUAUUUUCCUAUAGACAUAUCACAACUGAGGAUGGAUUAAGCAUUCUUUGGAUUAAAGGAUUGUGGAGCUCAUUUCAGUCAUAUUAGGAAUGUCAAAUCGUGUCUAAUUGGAGGAGGAGGAGGAAUCUUGAUCAUUUAUGGAGGCAAUGGUAUGACUCCAAGUGCUAUUGUCACAAUUAAACUUGGCAGUAUUGAAGUUGUGCUUCUUUUGUACAAAUGGUUGUAUAAUCCAUGAGCUAUGGUGUUACUGUGCCGGGUUACGAAGUUCUGUGCGGCAUCAAUACUGCUGAGCUUGCAUGUUCUGUGUGACUAGUCUGGCAUUGGUUUUCACCAUUUUGAACAGAAGUCCUAUUGAUUAGAACUUAAAAUUGAAAGAAUUAAAAAGUAAAAUGGCUGUCUUUCAGCGCAAUUUCAUUACCUGGAUCAAAAAUUCAUCAAUCUCUAGUUUGUAACAGUUAAGUGGUGAAUUACAUGUACAGUACAACUCAAUUACUAGAUUCACAUGGAAAUGAAGGUGUCAAUGAAAGUAAAUACUGCACCAGUAAAUUUUGUGCUAACUUACGUGCGUGUGUAGUAAUGUUAUCAGGGCUUGAAUUGAUAUCCACUAGUCCAACAUCUUCUUUCAUGUACAUUCUAAAUAAACUAAGCAGUAUCUAUGGACAUACUUUAAUGUAGUUAAGUAUGCUGAAUGUAUGGCUUCUAUCAUGUGUGCCCAUUAGUGGACUACUAUGAUGUUGGGUUAGUGAAUACUUAACUACAAUAGUAAGUUGUCAUUUUUUUAAUGGUAUUGUGGAAUAAAGUUUCUUGUUUAAAAUAUGUAACAAUGUUCAAAUUGACUUUGGGGGUGUGGAUGCAGUUUAUGCUGUUCAUCUGUCAAAGCGUCUGUACAUAUUGGCGAGAUGAGAGCUAUAACUGUCCCACCCUGUAUAAAAUUGUUGUUUGUUGUAUCUAACAUUUGCCUCCUUUUUUGGUUUUGCUGGUUAUUAAAGGUUUGGAUUGGAGAGGGCUCAUUGGAUCCCAAUCCUUGGAGCUGGAUCUAUGGAUUCAAUUCAUUGUGAGGAUAGGAUAGGGAGGAUCAUAACAUGGAUUCAUGGAGCGGGAUCAUAUUACCAGGAGCUGUAGGAGUGGAUUCCUGCCCCAAUCAAACCGUGUAUUUGUGGAUUUUUUUUGUUUUUUUGUUCUCUCUUUUUUGUUUUCUUUCCCACCCCCUACCUAACCCCAAAAUCCCAACCCCAUACCCACAAUUGGUUAUGCCAAAAAAAAUUUGCCUUUCAUUUUUGUCAGUUGGAGUCCAAUGGAUACCCCGUGGGAUUGGCUUUUUUUUUUUUGCCUUUUUUUUCGCAAACGGAGUGAACCAGGACCGAGAGAGGUACGCUGGAGCAAUCUCCUUGGAUGGAUUCGGCAUUCAGGAUUUGGUAACAAUUUAAGCAGGGUGAUAUCGUAACUUUUUGUAACUAUGAUUAAGGGGUAUUUUGUUAAAAUUUAAGUCUGAAUUGGCUGUGCAUACUAAAAUUAAGGGAAUAGAUAAAUUUGAUUAAUUUUUGGCCCAAAGCAUUACUUUCUAUUCAUAGCUUAAAUGUUUAAUCUCCAUUUUGACAAUAAAUUCUUUUUUAAUUGUAUGUUUGAGUUUGUGAUUUUGUGAACAGCUGGUUGGCUUUUAUUUUAGUGUAAUUUUGAGGAGUCUUAAGUAAUCCUAAAACUGUUCACAAGAAAAUGCUGUAUGAGAUGCAUUUUAUAUAUUCCCAUUCAUUUGCAAGUUGCAUUGCCACGUUGCUUAUGCAACUUUCCAUCAUUUUUUAUUAGCAACUGAACAGGGUUUUCUGUGGCUAUCUUUUUAAGUUUGCAUUGCUGGCAUCUGCCAGGAGCUUCCCAAUUGAGUAACAGAAUCUAAUUAAAACCUAUUUGGCUGAAUUAUCCAGAUAUUUAGAUUAUUUAGAAAGUGUUUAAUUCUACAAGUAAAUUUUAGCCAAUUAAGAGAAAAAUGUUUUAUCUCAAGGAUAGUAGAAUGUGACAGAACUUUAUCAAUUUUUUUUGAAGCCUUUAUCACAUUUCCAGAACAAAAGCUGGGGAUGACAGUUUUAGGAUUUAUUUGGAUUUUUUUUUAGUUUUGUGCUCCAAAAGUGGGCAUAAUUUAAUAAGGAAGCAGAGCAUGUUGUCACUAAUUGCUCCUAAAGCACCCACUUAGUGUAGAGACGUUUUGUGGUUAAUACCAUUUGAUAUUUUUAUAUGUUUGACAGUGCAGUCAAUUCUAUUUUGUCCAACACUCCCGAAGACGUUAGAUAACACGUAACCUGAUGAGUGUAAUGCCUAAAGUAAGACAAAGAAUGUUGUGAAUUUUAAUAAAGGAUAAACAAAC